AUUCACUUCUUCAGCACAAUUUUAAAGGAACAGUAAAUUUUUAAUAAAACAAAAGUUUUGGAAAAUGUCCACUAACGUUAAUAUACGGCUGGCUCUUGACCGUGUCAAUAUGGGUCUAUUGGCACAAAAUCAAACAAGAGCACCGAGGCUUUAUACUCCCGGCGAGGUCGUCACCGGUCAAUUGGGUUUCAUGAAAGGCCACGGCACUUAUGUGGAAGGAGAUGACAUAAAGGCAUCUGUUGCUGGUGUUAUGGAACAAGUGAAUAAGCUCAUCUCGAUAAAGCCACUUAAGAGUCGUUAUGUGGGCGAAAUCGGUGAUGUUGUAGUGGCCCGUAUUACUGAAGUGCAACAACGUCGUUGGAAGGUAAACACGAAUUCGCGCUUGGACUCCGUAUUACUGUUGUCAUCAGUAAAUUUACCGGGUGGUGAGCUGCGCCGCAGAGGCGUUGAAGAUGAACAAAUGAUGCGCAAAUACCUCCAGGAAGGCGAUCUUAUAUCUGCGGAAGUGCAGAAUAUAUUCGAUGAAGGCACAUUGUCACUUUAUACGCGAAGUUUGAAGUAUGGUAAAUUAUCACAGGGUGUGCUUGUAAAAGUGUUUCCCUCUUUAGUGAAGCGACGUAAGACGCACUUUCACAAUCUAACCUGUGGUGCGUCGAUUAUACUCGGUAACAAUGGUUUCAUUUGGAUAUCACCUACGGUGAAUAGUGAAGCAGAUGGCGGUGAUGGUGGCUAUGCACAGAACCUGAACGAAGUUAUACCACGUGGAGAUCGAGAAGUGAUUGCGAGACUGCGCAAUUGCAUCUUAGCGUUGGCGCAUUGCAAGAUGAUGCUGUAUGACACAAGUAUACUAUACGCCUAUGAGGAGUCUAUGAAAUAUGAAGUACAUGAGUUGCUGCAACAGGAAGCCAUUUUUGAUGUAGCAUUUCUUACGCAACAUCGUCUACGCUUACAAGAGGAAUAGCAUUAAGCUUGAAAAUCGGGGUAAUAUUUUCUUUGUUUCUAGUGGGCUUAUUCGUAUGUAUGUAUGUAUUAAAUAUAUAU